AUGUUCUUCAAAAGAAGAACCUGGCUUUGGUUAUACAUCAGAACAAGUAUUGUUCUAGGAAGUGAGCUAAAUAGCUCAGAGCAACAUGGUAAAAAUAACUGUUAUCAGCUUAACAGGUUUCACUGCAGCUUUGAGGAAGCAGAAAAUUACUGUCAUGCCCAGGGAGGACACCUUGCUUACACUUGGAACCAGGAGGUUCAAGAUCUCAUCUGGGACUUUCUAGAAGAAGGGAAGAAGUGGUGGAUUGGGCAAAAUUUAAUGCUGCUGGGGAAAUAUCAAGAAAAAAACAACCCAAGUAAGGCUCUGAGGUUUGCCACAAAGCCUACCAGCUGCACUUACUUGUCCAGAAAGUCCAACCGGAUCUCACCAAAAGUGGACUUGUGUUCACUGGGUCAUUAUUUCAUUUGCCAGGCUGAGCAAGAUGCAAGUUAUGAAAGAAAUGGAAAUAAUUCUCAAUUAAAUUGGAGGCCCAAGAAGACAAAAAGAGAAGUCACAAUUCCAAGAAUGACCUCAGGGGCCACUCAUCUUUCACCCAAAUGUCGCCCACCUGCUCACACUAAGCCUUCCAACACCCUGUGCCAUUCCAUCAGGCCGUUUCCCUCAGUCCGGCCCGCAGUCACACGGCAGGGACUGUCGGCCACGUCCCUGCCUGCCAGCCAGCCUCUCCCUGUGGCCGCGGAGCUCACCAGGCCUGCGCCUGGGACACGUGCAGGGAAAGCUCUGCUAGGACUGACUUCAAGCCCCAAAGAGGACUCCCAUCCAGACGUGUCCACCACUCAUCUACAAGCAUCAUUUCAGAACACAUGGGAUCAGGUCGCAGACGAGAUAGGACGGAACUUCAGCAAGGCAAUGCAUGGCUUGCAAGCGCCCAACAAACUACAGAAAGCUUGUGAGGUGCUCCAGAAGCUGACAGCCCUCGUCCCAGGAUUUUCUCAGCCAGCUCAGGUCGAUAUUGUUGACUCCCUUAUUUACCUGAGUGACCGAUUACUGAAAAGCCCCUUUCAGAACAACAGCACUCUGGGCUUCAAAAUUCCUGUGACUGUCUGCCUCUUUCACUCCCUUGAUGAUGUAAUGAAAGCUGGUGGAGCAAGUGGGCCAAGAUCCAAGCAUGGCAUUAAGCAGGUAGAAAAUAUUCUGAAAAUGUCCUUGCUUGCCCUUGGGGAGAUCCAGGAAACAUUUCUACAGCGGAAUCAUUUUUCUGAGUCUUCGGUGACUCUGACCUCUUCCGUUGCUACCCUGAUAUUGAGCAGCCAAAACAUAUCGACUUUGCCUCUGAGCUCUUACACUCUUGGAUACCCAGCACCUGUGAGGUUAGCCUUCCCAUCAGCUUCGGCUUUGGAGGACCUCUUGAGUGAACACCCAAGGGUUAAUGUUCAAGUAACAGGACUAGCUUUCAAUCCCUUCAAGGGUUUUGAUGACAAGAACAUCGUUGGAAGUGUUGGAAGUGUGUUACUAAGCUCUAAUCAUAAAUUGCUCCAAGUCCAUGAUUUAAUGGAAGAUAUUGAGAUCACACUCUGGAGAAAUGCAAGCAUGGAGACCCAUCCCACCAGCAUCAACACAAGCGCAGACCAUUUCACCAUCACAGUGAACAUCACUUCCCUGGAGAAAUCCCUGAUUGUGUACACAGAGCCUGAAAGUCCUGUUUCCGUGACACUCUACCUGGGGUUCCAGUAUCAGCCCAGCCACACUCACUUCCACCUGAACAUCACCCUUCCAAAGGCUCAGGUGCAACAGAAAGAUGAGGAAUAUACUUGGGUGCUGACUCCAGAGAGCUUGCAGUAUGGGACUGGCAUCUACUACAUAACAGCUGUGUUGAAUAAAAGCAAGGAAAGUGCUCAGCAGGCUCCCACCCCGUUCUCCAUCAUAACUGCUGUCACUCAGUGCUAUUUUUGGGACAGCCACAACAGCUCGUGGAAGAGCAACGGGUGUGGGGUCGGGCCACAGAGCACAGUAGUGAGGACGCAGUGUCUCUGUAACCACCUGACCUACAUUGCCAGCGACUUCUUCAUUGUGCCCCGGACAGUGAAUGUGGCGGACACGAUCAAGCUAUUCCUUCGCGUGACCAACAACCCGGUUGGGGUGUCAUUGCUGGCCAGCCUUUUGGGAUUCUACAUGCUCCUGUUUAUAUGGGCUUGGAGAAAGGACAAAGCAGAUAGGCAGAAGGUGAAGGUCACUGUCCUGGCUGAUAAUGACCCCAGCUCUCAGUUUCACUACCUUGUUCAGGUCUCCACUGGAUAUCGAAGGAGGGCCUCUACAACUGCUAAGGUGGUUAUCACCCUUUAUGGAUCAGAGGGACGGAGUGAGCCCCACUAUCUUUGUGACUCCCAGAAGGCAGUCUUUGAACGAGGGGGACUGGAUGUCUUCCUCCUCAGCACUCAGUCCUCUCUGGGGGAGCUACAUAGCCUUCGGCUCUGGCAUGACAAUUCAGGUGUCAGCCCUGCUUGGUAUGUAAGCCAGGUAAUUGUCAGUGACAUGGCAGGUAACAGGAAAUGGCAUUUCCUAUGCAAUUGUUGGCUGGCUGUGGAUCUUGGAGACUGUGAGCGUGACCGGGUCUUUAUACCAGUCUCAGAGAAAGAGCUCUUCUCCUUUAGACACCUGUUCUCCUCCCUGUUUGUGGAAAAGUUCACCCAGGAUUAUCUGUGGCUCUCAAUUGCAACUCGACAUCCCUGGAACCAGUUCACAAGAGUCCAGCGACUCACGAGCUGCAUGACCCUUCUGCUCUGCAACAUGGUCAUCAACCUGAUGUUCUGGAAGAUUAACGGCCCCACUGCCAAGAGAGAUGAGCAAGUGGGUCCGUUUGCUGUGACCUGGUCCGAACUGCUUAUCAGCAUCCAAACCGCCGUCAUCCUUUUCCCAGUCAACCUUGUCAUCGGGCAGCUCUUCCCAUUGAUUCAGCCACAGGAACCUCUGCCCCUCUUCCCUCCCAUCCAGGCCUCCUGCCUCUCAGAUGCUUCUUUUGCGCCUCUCUCUGUCUCAGAGGUAGUUGAGGAACUGAAGGACACUGUGGGGUUUCUGCUCAGGAGGAGUGCAUACCUCCUCUCAGCGCAUGAAGAGUCGUCAUGGAGUUCUUACAACAUGAGGCAGUUGGUGCCGCUUUUCUCCAGCCUCGUCCGUGCUCACGUCGAGGGUCCAGGCUCUCACCAGCGGGCAGGACCCUGCGGGGCAAACGGCAAGUCCGUGGCUCCUAAAAACCACCAUCAUCUCUGCUGCUACCUGCUCAGAGUUCUGCAGAGGCUGAGGUGUCACUUAAGCAUGUCGAGUCCCACCCAGGCCGACCAGCCUUGUGACUUCCUAGAUGCACCCAGCCAACUGCAAAAACUCCAGGAGUUCUUGGAAACAUACAUUCUUCUCACAGAACAAGGGCCACCCAGGGAGGCAACCAGUUUCCCCAUCCUGAGCCCAGAAGAAGGGAGGAAGUCCACCGCAACUGGUCUCUCCCGAUGGUUGGCUUAUCUCUGCUGGCUCCUUCUGGGUGUCACUAGCCUGGCCACAGCCUUUUUCACAGCACUGUAUAGCCUGGAACUGAGCAAAGACCAGGCCACCAGCUGGGUUAUUUCAAUGAUUUUAUCAGUGCUUCAGAAUGUCUUCGUCAUUCAGCCAGUAAAGGUGACCGUCCUCUCGUUGUCGAUGGCCCUGAUCUUGAACAGGGUGCCCAGCCUUACCAGAGAGAAGGAACAGCAAACCAGGAGGAUCCUGGCACUCUCGGCAAAAUGUUCAUCAUCGCCUGGUUCAAGAGAUAAGGGGAACCCCAUCUAUGUAGCCCCAGCUAUGAACAGUCCAGUUCAGCGCCCAGACAGAACCUUGCAAGAGAAGAAACUCUUGAAGCUGACAGGAGACAUGCUGGUACAAAUCCUGUUCUUUGUCCUACUGAUGACUACGGUGAACUCUACACAGAACUCAAGUAGAUUUUACUUCCACCAGGCUCUCUGGAAGAGCUUUUCUCACCGUUUCUCGGAGAUCAAACUUAUGAACCAUUUCUACCCCUGGGCCAGCCACACCCUUCUUCCUAACCUGUACGGGGAUUACACAGGAUUUAUUACCGAUGGGAAUUCCUUUCUUUUGGGCAAUGUUCUGCUUCGUCAGAUUCGCAUUCUGAAGCCAUCUCACCAAGAUCUGGAGGAUACAGAGAACUACAGGGUGAACUGGAGGCCCCCUAAGACAAACAGCACUGAAUCAGACAGCAUUUGGCAUUAUCAGAAUCAGGAAACACUGGGUGCCUACCCCAUCCAAGGGGAAUUUGCCACUUACUCAGGAGGAGGGUACACUGUCAGACUUGGAAGAAACUCCAGUACUGCAACCAGAGUUCUGCAGCAUCUUGAACAGAGCCACUGGCUAGACUGUCGCACCAAAAGCCUCUUUGUGGAAUUUGUGGUCUUCAAUGCUAAUGUGAACCUGUUCUGUGUAGUGACCCUGAUUUUGGAAUCCAACAAUGUGGGUGCUUUCUUCACCUCUGUAAGACUGGACACUUUAACGUCCCUUCAGACAUCAAAGAAGGACUUUGCCUGGUCUAUUGUCUCACAAGUCCUCUAUUAUUUAUUAGUCUGUUACUAUGGCUUCAUACAGGGUCGCCGGCUGAAACAGCAGAGAUGGAGGUUCUUGACAAGGAAAAAAAACAUUCUGAACAUAAGCCUAAUCCUUACUAGCUUUGUCAUGUUGGUGCUUUACAUGAAGCUUAUUUCUCUACAUAAGAAGAACAUGGCACAAUACCACAAUGACCAUGACAGGUUCAUCAACUUCUAUGAGGCAGUAAAAGUGAACUCAGCUGUCAUUCACCUCAUGAGCUUCCUGGUUCUCUUGGCAACUGUCCAGCUAUGGACCCUGCUGCAUCAUCACCCCCGGCUGCAGGUCAUCGGAAGAACUCUCACCAAAGCCUGGGAUGAGGUGGUGGGCUUCCUGCUGGUCAUCUUGAUCCUGCUGACAGGCUAUGCCAUUGCUUUUAACCUGCUAUUUGGAUGGAGCAUCUACGACUACCGAACUUUCUUCAGCUCAGCAGUGACUUUUGUUGGUUGCCUGAUGGGAAUCUCUCAUUACAAGGAGAUUAUUGCUUUAGACCCAGUCCUGGGCUCCUUUCUGAUCCUCACCAGUGUCAUCUUGAUGGUACUUGUGAUCAUUAACCUUUUUGUUUCUGCCAUUUUAAUGUCCUUUGGUAAAGAAAGAAAGUCCCCCAAGGCUUGGAAAGAAGCUGCACUGAUAGACAUGCUGCUGCAGAAGCUCUCAAGUUUGUUAGGAAUCCAGAACACACCUGAGUCAACAGCUGCCCUGGAAGCCGCCAAAAGGCCCAGGUGGAGUAACCAAGCAAACUCGCAGCUGCUAUCUGAGCUUAAAUACAGAGGCUGA